GUGAAAUGGAAAAAAAAUCAAUGCUGUGAUCAGAAUAACUAAGUAUUUGGUUUCGGAAUUUUAAAUGGAUUAUCAUUGGAUUUCUAGGAUGCAUUCAUCAACAUAAGGAGAAUUUGUCAGAAAAUGAUUCCUGUGCAGUUGUUCUAGGGCACUUAGAUUAUGUAUAUUUGAAGAUUGGCUAAGAAGAUUUUAAACUCAAAAUGGCAUUUAGACUUCUUUUAAUCCUUCUUUUCUCUCUUUCUGCUUAUUCUGAUGAUUCUACAAAUAUCUGCUUUAAGGAACAAAUCCUUAAUAGUGAUUGCAUUUGUGAAUAUCUCUUAUUGCCUGAUCAUACUGACCCGGAUAUUACUUCUAAAUUAACAUGUGUUAAUGGAGAUGCUUUUCAGGCAGCAAUUGAAGCAAAAAAGUCUCGAAACAAUUUGAUUUUUGUAAAUAUCCAAAUAUCUGGCAGUGCUUUGGACACUGUUCGUCAUCAUGAUUUGAAGAAUUUUCAGGCAGCAGAACAGAUUAACCUUUCUGAAAAUAAAAUAUCUUUAAUUGAAAAAGAUGCUUUUAAGAAUCUAAAGAAAUUGGAAGUUUUAGAGUUGUCUUCCAACUCUUUACCUGUCUUACAAGAUUAUGCAUUUAAGCAUUUGUUCCACUUAAAAAAUCUCUCUGUUUCUAACAACAAAAUACAUUCCAUUGAAUUCAAUACUUUUUAUGAUCUUCAUAACCUUUUGCACCUUGAUCUAUCUAGAAACAAUCUUUCAUCUGUGGAUAAUUGGUUUGCAUCUCUGAAAAAUCUGCAGAUUCUUUUGUUAAGCCACAAUCAAAUUGCAUCCAUUGCUAAUAGCAGUUUUAGCAGUUUGUUGCAUCUUCAGAAAUUAGAUUUAUCAUUUAAUUAUUUGAAAAUCAUUCCAAGUAACUUGUUUUCUCGCCUGAAGAAUCUCAAUUAUUUGUCCCUGGCUAUGAAUGAGUUGGAAACAUUAGAGGAUGGAACAUUUAAAGGAAAUAAUAUGCUGGAGAAAGUUAAUCUCACAGGCAAUUUAUGGGUAUGUGAUAAAAAGUUGCUUCCCCUGCAUGACUGGCUUAAAAAGUAUGAAACUUACAAAGAAGGAGCAAAAUGUAUUGAACCACAUGAUUUGCAAAAUUAUACAGUUCAACAUGCACUUGAAAUCCUCUAUUUGCAAUUAAAAAUCCAAGAGAGUCCCACAUGUAAUGCUACUAUGUGUAAUUGCACAAUUUCCAAAGACAAAUUGGUUGUUACAGUAGACUGCAGCAGUCGAGGAUUUGUCAGAUUGCCUGAAGUUGUUCCUUACAAAACAAAGGCUCUUAACCUUUAUAACAACAAGAUCAGGUCUUUGAAUAUUGAUCACAUCAAUGCCACCCUAUGGUCUGAUGUCUCAUUUUUGUAUUUGAAUAAUAACAUCAUAGAUUCAGUAAAGGGUCUUGAAGGAAACUGGCUUUUAAAGAACUUGGUAGCCCUACAUCUCUCGAAUAAUCGCUUGACAGAAAUACCAAUCCAUAUACUGGAACAAAUUCGAGGUGGUCUUUUAGAUGAAUUGUAUCUUUCUGGAAACCCUUGGACUUGUGACUGCAACACAGUUCGCUUCCAGGCUUGGCUCCAAGAUAAUUACCGAACUGUUCGAAACUUUGAUGGGAUAUGCUGCUCAGCUGACAGUGGUAUUUAUGCCAAUUUGCCCAUAUAUCGACUGAAGAAAUCACAAUUGUGUCCUCAACAGGUUCAGCUUGUGAAUCCUUUAGAUAUUGUGAACGGACUUAUGGGAGUUAUUAUUGUGAUUAUUUUUGUCAAGUUGUCUUAUGAUUAUUGGUUGCAGAAGAGAACUGGUAAAUUACCUAGAUUUUUUAGUUUGAAUUUGUAAGUAUAAAUUUUACAAAGAGCUUGCCUUUCUUAAAUUUUAUUCUUGGCAUAAAAAAGAGAAAUACUCAGCAAUUCAGUAAAGAAAUUACCUUGAUUUGUCAUUAUGAUUUUUUAAAAGUAUCUUCUCUUUCAGAAACACACAAUGAAAAAAAAUUAAUUAGAUCUGUGUGGGAAUCAAACUACAUUUAUGGAAUCAAUCCUUUAAUAUAUAUGGGAUUGCAAACUAAAGCAUUUUCAUAUUCUUAAAUUGUAUUUAAAAUUGAUCCUCUAGUCAAUUCUAUGUCAUUGCAAUGAUCUAGUAGUAGUUUUAUCUUUUAAAAGGAUUGUAACUGACGCUGGAGAAAAGAUUAUAUCUUUAAAGCAUAUUUAAAAUCUUUUCUUUUCAUAUUAUUAAUAAGGAAACUGCUUUUAAUUUAUAAACCCGGCAUGGUCAGAUUUGUAUAUGGUGUAAAUACUACUUAUUUGUGCCAUAUUUCAAAUAUAUGAAUUUAGAAUUGUUAAAUGUUAGCAGUCGCUCAGUGUUGAAAGUGGGUACUUCAGUUACAAAUGUAGUAGAGCAUUCUGCUUUAUCCACUUAUGUAUAUUUAUAAGUCCCUGCUACAUUAAAAAAAAAAAAAUGUUAAUUGAGCUCUGCUAAACCAUAGUGUUCUUAAACUGUCAAAUGUUUUAUUUUUAGAGGGUGAUCGCUUAUCAAGGUAUGUAGUAUUUUAUAACUAGGUUGUAUAACAUUAUAAUAGAUAUUUACUAUGUGUUUUCUAGCAAUAUUCGAGAAAUAUUCCUUUAUCAUAUAUGUUAGUACUGAUAUAUUUCUUACCAGUGUGAGUCAUUUAAUAUGUGCCAAAUAGAAACCAAUGAAAAACUUCCUGUUAUCUCAAUUUUUUAAUCAUUAUAAAUUAUUGAAGGUUGUUGAAUCUCAUGAAUGUCAUUUGAAAUAGUAAUGUAGCAUAGAAUUCUUAAUAAUUUGAAUAAUACAAAAAAAAUCCAAAUAAUAUCUUAGCUAAAUACUUGAGUCUGAAUUUCCUGUUUUGUAAAACAAUAGAAGCUUACCUAAUUAAAAUGCUAAAUUUCAUGAUUUUUUGGUAAAAAUUUGGUAAAUGAUUUAUUUAAAUUAAAUAAUUUAUUUAAGAGAUCUAAAUUUUCCUUUGAAUCUAAUUGGGGAAAAAAUUUAAGCAUAAAUGUUUUUGAAAAUUCAAAUAACUAUUGCUCUUUUUUUUUUCCCCUUUCCAAAUUUAAUUAAUCUAAUUGGAUGAUUUAAUUUAAGUAGAAAUUGCUUAUUUAUGCAUUAGUUACGUUUUAACUCAAACCCCAUCAUUUAAAUAAAUUUUUCCUAUUUAAUAUUAUUUUCUAAAUUUCACAUAAAGAAAAUUUCAAAUUUAAUAUUAUUUUUGUUAUUAUGUCAAGAUCUCUGUUGGAUAAAACUACUAUUUAAUUUUUUAACCUUUAAAAAAAUACUAUUUCAAUUUAAUAUUAUUAUAAAUAAUAUUAAUAAACUUUUAGUUAUUAAUAUUUUAUUUAUUAUUCAUAUUUUAGAAACUAAUCUUUUUUUAUUGUUGCAUUUGAUCAUAAUUCUUUGCAAUUACAUGAGAGAAAUCAAUUUUUGUACCAGUUUCUGAUUAAAAGUUGCUCAAAAUUUCUAUUGAAAUUUUAGAUUUAUAAAGGCAGCUAGUUACCUGCAAAUACGAUAUACUUAAUAUUUGGAUUAACUUUAUUGUUGCUUUCUUUAAUUUUUGUCUUAUUUAUUAGAUGAUUUUCUAUUUCUUACUAUAAAUUUCAAAAAGAGCAAUUUAAUGUCUUUAAUGUAUUAAAUAAUUAUUUAAUGUAAACAAUACAUUUAUUCAGAAUAGGAAUAAUUAUUUUAUUAUAAAAAUUUAAACACAGAAAUAAAAAAAAAGAACUUAGUAAAAAAAUUAAGAACAUUUGAGGCAAAAUAAUAAAAUUUUUCGAAAGCAUUAAUCUAAAUUGAAUUUCAAGAUGUUGCUAAUGAAGAAAACUGCUUCUUUUUAAUUGAUUAACUAAAUCUAUUUGAUAUAAAAAAAUUUAUACUAAGAAAUCCUUUAAAAGAAAUUGAUAUUUUGUUUGAGGCACAUGAUAAUAUAAUAUAUAUUUGUUGACCAUUGCAUUCCAAUUUGUGGAAACUAAUCUGUACAUCUUCUGAGCACAAUUUUUAUAAAUAUAAUUAUAUCUAUUUUAAAUGCCCAGUAGCAUUUUUAAAGAAUAAAUAAGCAGUUUUGUUUUGUUUCCAUGUAUAUUAUUAUCCAUGUUGGUGUUAAAUGCAUUUUACCCUUGUUGUGUAUUGUGAUGUUUUAUGUACUUAAAUGCAAUUUAUGAAAUUGCAUUGUAUUGAUGUUGAAAUAAAAAUGAAUGCAUAAAUAUUUGUAUCUGAUUUCUUAAAAAGAUGCAUUAAUAAUUUAAAAUCAAGAUAGCAAAUGAUUAAUUAAAUGCAGCGUUUAUGAACAUUUAUAAGAAAUCAGAGUGGAGAUUAAUAAGUGAAAUAAGUAUACAAGUUAUCCAUACUAAUUAUAAGAUAGUAGCUAAUAAUUAAACCCUUGGAGAUAAUCAUAAAUUUCCAGAA